CAUCUUGUUGUGCUAAUGAGGUGUAGCAACUUGGACCAAUACAUGUAUGUGCCUGGUCCUAUGUUGUAGCUGACCGACUGACUCUACCAAAAUGAACGACUGAUUAUCAACAGUAUUGGACUUUAUACGGUUUAACCAAUUAGUAAAUAGUUUUCUUACUUCGAAAUAAGUCUCGGUUUAAUGCAGAUGCAGUCCGCUUCUACUUCUGUCAUCCUUUAAAUCGUAGGAGUCGUAUUAUCUUGGAAUUUUGAUGUUACAUUUUAGGUUACAUUUUUUAUCAUUUUUAAUUUAAGUUCUCUGCUAGUAUUGAUAUCAUUAUUUCUGAUCUGAUUUUCUUUCCUCAUAUCGAUUUUCCCUCGCUUCUCUGGAAUGAAUUCUGGUAAUGUUUUUGGGCUGACACAUAUUGUAAGGACACAUAUUAACUAUUUUAGAACCUGGUUUAAAAAUGUAUUUCAUUCCAGUGUUUGCCGUGUUACGAGGAUAAUAAGUAACUGACAAAAUGAAAAUCAAUAGAAAUGUAUCAGGCUAGUAUUCGUAUAAAUGAUCUAUGAUUUUAUCAUUGAUUAGAAUCGAUUUAUAUGUAAGUGCUCAACACAUUUAACCAAUACAGUCACUCUUCGAUCUUAAAUUAACUGCUGUUGUUAAGACGUUCCAGAGCAUCACUGUGCUUUGGUCAAGUGUAACACACAUUCCAAAAUCCUUCGAUUGUAACCAUUUGUUUUGUUUUUUUGAAAUCGAGUACUGGUCAAUAAUCAUUUAGAUAUAUUUUGGAAUUCUGUGUAAUAGUAAUGUUCUAAUCAUGACUUAAAUAUUAAUAAAAAUAUAGUUUAUGCUAUCCCUAACUUUUUGUGAAUCAAGUAAGUUCAUUUAACUUGAAGUUCUAAAGAAUUUCCAAAUAGUCAACUUUAUCGGGAAUUUCAGAUACUACAUCACAUGAGCUAUAUUUAUUCUGUUGAUUUAUAAUAAACGUUUACAUUAUCUUUAUAUAUCCCCUCAGAAUGCAAUUCAUAAAUUUUUUAAAAUUUUUUUCCUUAUCGUCAUUUUAUAUAUUCUGUAACAUGUUUAACUCAUAUCAACUAUAAAAUUGUCUGUCUCCAUCAAAAAGUCACCGAUCAGAGGUGAUGUAUAGUCAAUGAAAUUUUUUUCUCUCAUCUCACAUUCACUUACAUAUACAUACAACUAUCAUCUUAACACACUUUUCUUUACCCACCUUAGAUGUCUCAUACUCACUACAACAAAUUCUUAAUUUCAACAUUGUUAACAUGAUUGGAUGAUCUGUUUAUUAUAGUUAACUGGACAACAAUGUACUUAUUUAUAUUCGAUAAUUUUGAUGUUUGAUUAUAUUUCAUUGAAAAAGCUUGAACCAGAUAACUAAACGAAAGGUUGGAUUCACUUGAAAUUUAAUCGCUAAAAGUUUUACGAAUAAAAUUUACCUCCUGAAUGUCUACUCAUACGUAGUUGACUUUUUCCCACUUACUACAAAACAACAUAAUCUAUCACUGAUCAAAUUGACAAAUAUCGUACUAAAAGCGUGGUACCUUUUCGGGUGAUUGAAACAAAUCUUCUAUAAUUAAUAUGAUUGGUUACAGAAUUCAUUUUUACCUAACAUCCCCUUAUUACUCUAUGAAUCUAUUUGAAAAAUGGAAUCGAUUUGUCAUUCAAUUUAUUCAUCAAGCAAACAUCAGGUGUGCAUUUUAGCUGUUAAUGUGUUACAGCAAAUGUUUUUCUCAAUCAUUUACAAGGGACAUUACUUACACUAAGCGUUAGAAUUAUUCUAUGAACAUUUCCAUGUGAUCAAAAAAUAUUUUACCUGUCGUUUUCUAUCAUAUCUAAAGUGUAUAUUAUGUAUUUCUUUGGAACUAGACGUCAUCUAGAAGAUAUAUACGAUGUUUGUUGGUCUCCAGAUGAACGUGCACUUAUAUCCGGGUCUGUUGAUCAUUCAAUCAUAAUUUGGCACCUUGACUUAAUUCCGUCACCGUCAUCUGCUCUGCCAGCUGAAGAUUUCAGCAGUGUUGGAGAAGUGGGUCCAGAGAAUAAUCCUUCCAAUCGACCUGAGAAUGCACCUGCCCCAAGUGCAAAUACCAGUCAGCCUACAAUCAAGACCUUAAUUCUGCGUGAUCACAAACAUUAUGUACAAGGUGUUGCUUGGGAUCCAUUAGGAUUUUAUGUCGCAAGUUUAAGCAGUGAUCGAGCUUGUCGAAUAUAUCGUGCUGGAACUAAAAAUUGUCUAGCACAUGUGUCUAAAGCUGGAAAACAACGAUUAUUUCAAGAUGAUUCUUGGAAGUCGUUUUUUCGACGUCUUACUUUUAGUCCGGAUGGUUUACUUCUUGUUUGCCCAUCUGGUAAUCUUGAAGAUGCUACAUUUGCUGGAUCAACCAAUUCAACUAUGAUUUCUUCAACCAAUGGAUUUGAACAGUCAGAUAAAAUUGUAGAUACUGCUAUUCCAUUAGUUGCUCCUCAACAUGCAGCGCAUAUUUUUGUACGUUCGAACUUCACUCGUCCUGUAGUCAGUUUGCCAACAGGUUCUAAGCCAGUUGUUGCAGUUCGCUUUUGCCCUCAACCGUUUCAAUUAAGACAGGUUAACUUAAACUGUCAGAAUGCCACAAACCAAUGUACUAGCUUGUUUAAUCUUGCAUAUCGAUGGCUGUUUUGCUUGAUAUUGGAGGAUAGUGUUCUGUUUUAUGAUACUCAACAAACUGUACCAUUUGCUCAGGUUUCUCAGCUUCAUUAUCAAGCUUUAAAUGAUGCAUCAUGGUCUAAAGACGGACAUUUAGUUGUAAUCUGUUCUACUGAUGGUUACUGCUCUCUGAUUCAUUUCGCUCAUGGUGAACUUGGCGCGUUUUAUCGUGGUACAUUUGGUGCGCCUAAUCCACAGCCUAUCUCAAUCGAGAAUGCUGUUAGUGAAACAGAUAAGUGUCAGAAUAAUGACGUUGAAAUGUUAUCAUCCGUAGUAGGGGAUGCAGAUAGCGGCCCUAUCAAGGAAACAAACAAUCCUUCAAAAUCUAAUAUUUCAUCUACCACAGUUCCUGACUCAAAUAAACCAACCACUGAAGAAAAGUUGUCAGAAUCAAGCGUCAAUAAUAAUCCCACUGUUGUCGAUGGUGCCUCAACUGUAUCCAAACAAAAACGACGUGUACAGUUAACCACUUUGGUUUCUUUCAGUGAUGGGAAUAUAACUGGUAACAGUAGAACAGAUAACUCUCAAAUUUCAAAAAAAUUACCAAAUGAUUUUGAUUUCGGCCCAACAAACCUCAAAUCGUAUAAAUUUGAGGAGAAAGAUGUUAUAGAAAUCAAGGAUUCGUCAACUUCCCAAUCAAUGACAUAAAUUUAUCAUGAUCUCCUAUAAGGCUGCUAAAAAAACAAUAAAGUUUCAGGGCCGUAUUGCAUUGUGUAACAAUCGUUUAUUUUUGUUCCAGUAACCAUUUCUGUUCUAUUUUUCUAUGUAUUUAUUUAUGUAACAAGUUUUUUUAAAGCAAAUAGACCCUCUUUACUGUUUUAGUAUUUUACUUUUAUUAAACAUUAGUUCGUUGUCCAUUAGCUUAAAGGUCAACACACCUAACUAACUUUCAUUCUUAGGUCCAACGAUUCAGAUCACGCUCCACCUCUAUUUCUGCAUGUCAGUACUAAUAUAUCCGGAUACAUUACAUACACUGAAGCCGAGGAAGUUGGUUUUCUAAGGAGACAUACCUCGAUUAUUUUAGGUAAAGUUUUGAUCCAGGAGAGAACAAAUACAAUUCCAUGAUAUCCGGUACCGUUUGUUUAUUUAUGGUUCUGUAACCCAUUCACGUCUAUUAUAAACCUUGAAACAUCCAGUAACUCGUUUAUACUUCAGUUAUUUAGUUUUGUGAAAACACAUCUACAAAAUUAGAGCAGUAAGUAUAGGUUUGAAAGGUAAAUAGAUCUCCGUAGAAACAGUACUCAUUCGUUGCCCAG